ACCCUGGCGGUCUACCUGGAAUGUGGAUUUUUGAGGAACCACUGUUCUUCAAUGACUAUCUAAAGACAGAAACACUGUCGUCACCAAGCCUGAGGGCUGCUCUACGAGAGGCUGGCUGUGUUAAGCUGGGACACCUGUUAAAGGCCACACAGACAUCUGUAGAGGUUCUGGGACAGAUGGCCAACAUCAGAUCUUCCAGGGUCUUGUCUAGGAUCGUUCGAGAGGUCUGUGCUUCCUUGUCAGAGCCCCUAAGAGUGUUUGCCGAAAAUCGUACCAAUUCUGACCAAUGGGAUGAUGAGUGUGAGUACAGUUUUCCAUCUUUAACUGUCACUCCUGCUGUUGGGGAGUGGCAGGAGGGGGAAGACCAGUUUCUCUCUUUCAAAACCCCAAAGCUGGGGGAAUUCAGAGAAAUGGAAAAGAAAGAAGCCUAUCAAAUUUGUGUUAAGGUGUCGUAUGUACGCUCUCUGACAGGAAUUAGAGCAUCGAGGUGGACUGGGGUUUUUGACCCGCACUCUUCCCCGAAGGGAUGCUGGAGGUCUUUGUACAAACGGCCAAUUGACAAACGGGCAGGUGACCUUCAAUGGAGGAUUGUGCAUGGGGCUAUUGCCACUAAUAGACACCUAGCACACCUGACACCAAACAAGACGACAUGUUGUAGACGCCUCUCCAACAAGUGAGGAGAAACAGAGUGAUUGUAGAGAUUACAUCUGCUCACCUCUCCCCAGGCCUCCAUGCUGAGACACCUCAUGUUACACAACCUUGACAAGUGCAACAUCCUCACGUUAUAUGAUGAGAUCUUCAUCAGCAACAGGAUGAGUUUGGUGGUUGAGAAGUUGGACAUCAGCCUGCACAACUACCUGCAGGAAACACAAGGCCUCGUGUUGUUGGAGGACAUCAGGACCGUCAUCCAACAGAUGGCCACAGCAUUAGCUGCCCUGAAAAGAGUUGGUGUAAUCCAUGGUGACGUGACGACAGAUAACAUCAUGAUGGUGGAUCGCGUGAGACAGCCCUUCAGAGUGAAACUGAUCGACUUCAGUCAGGCUAUGUUCAGCUCUCAAGCCAAACCAGGCAGGAUUCUCCAGACCCCCCAGUACAGAGCAGCAGAAAUAAUGUUGGGACUCCCUUUCUGUGAAGCCGUUGAUAUCUGGGCGCUGGGCUGUGUGAUGGGGAUCAUGAUGUUUGGCUUUGAGCUCUUCCCAACAACAACAGACUACGAUGCACUCCUCUUCAUCAUCGACCUCCUGGGUCCGCCGCCGCAGCACCUCAUGAAGGCUGCACAGAAAUCUAAAGUGUGUUUUAAGAAGACAGACUGUGGUCAGUGGAGGCUCAAGACACCUGAGGAGUAUUGGGGUCCCGAUCUUUCAUCACAUGACGACAGGAAGUACACGUUCCGCUCUCUGGACGAAGGGAAAAUGCUGUGUCUGGAGCAGGACAACGUGACAGAGGCUGAUGAGAGGAGGGAGUGCAUGGAGCUGUUGAAGGAGAUGGUCGCGUGGGAUGAGAGGGAGCGGAUCACUCCCGCUGAUGUCCUCAACCAUCCUUUCAUUACCAAGAGCUACAUACACAGCACCUCCCGCCUCAGCUCCUGUCCUCAGCCUGCUGCAGCUCUGGACGCCACCAGCAUCCACAUGGACAACACGGAGCUCCCUCCCAACACCUCUGAAGAAGAAGAAGAAGAAGAAGAAGAAGAAGAAGAAGAAGAAGAAGAAGAAGAAGAAGAAGAAGAAGAAGAGAAGAAGAAGAAGAAGAAGAAGAAGAAGGAGAAGGAGAAGAAGAAGAAGAAGAAGAAGAAGGAGAAGAAGAAGAAGAAGAAGAAGAACUCCUGUAGACGCUUCUUCUCCUGGAUGACGAGGAUCUUCUGCUGCUACAUGGACGACGUGCAGGAGUGAAGAUUUCUAUUGUUUGUAGCUAAAGAACCUGAGAACUUGCUCACAGGUGUUCUGCUAGAAAACAUUCAUAGUGCAGAAGAUUCAAACCAUUCAAGCAGAGCUCUGCUCUUAUGUUUGUGUUUCAUGUUAUUGUUAGUAUUGAACGUGAACGUGAAUGAACUUUUGUCUCAGCAACUCUUGUGAGAUCUGACAACACAGAGCGUUAAUGUUUGUCAGACUGUGUCCAAACAUCUUCUAAGGUAAAAAGUCUUUGUGAUGCUCAACAUGUUAGUUCCCUGUGUGACUCUCUAACGUUAGCUCAACAUAAAUACAUUAGAGCAGGCCUACUGAGGAGACAGGUGGUGUUUACCAUUUGAACAGCAUCGCUGCUGCUCGUGAUCGUCUUUAGUUAUAGAACAUGUUACAGCUUCACUGUGUUGCUGCAGUGCUCAGUGGAGCAUACAUCUCUCUUUCAAACGUGUGAAGAUUACAAGCAGUCAGUUUCACUCUUAUGUGCAUUUUAUAAAUACAUUUAGCUUUGUAAGCUAGUAGCAGCUAAAGUUUGUAGCCGUCCCUCAAUGUUGUUGUUUAUCCUUCUGGCUCGCUAGUUAUUUACAUUCAUGUGACAAAGUUUGUUCUCAGCUGUUAUAUUGAUCUCUGUCUUCUUUCCCUUCAAUAAUGUCAACAAGUCCUUUAAACGUGUGUCUUGUAAAAUGAAACGCUAUUUGUUCUCAUGCUUAUGACUCACAUGCCAUCAUUUAACUUUAAGAUAUGAAGACAUGUUAGACUCUG